AUGAUAAAUAAGCAUAAUAGACAGUCAUUAGGAAAUCAAAUCGGCGGCUUUCCGCAAAACAAAAAAAUUUUAAACAACUUAACGCGAAAUCUGCGAAAAAGGAAGAAACAUGUGAAAAAUUUGAAUAACAAGAUUGUGAACCGUUGGAAUAAUUACACGGGCAAUAUGUAUGAAAAGGAUACGUCAUUGAAUACUGUAAGAUUUCCUAUCUGGCGGGUCCCGGAAUCAACACUUGCCGUAAUCAAUUUGGAUUCUACGACGAAUCUGUCGAUCAUGGAAACAGAGAUAAUUAAUCGACCAUUGCUCGCGUUUGAGAAGCCGUCAUCGCAAUUAGAGAAUUUAAAUAAUCACUCUGUGGAUAAAGCAAUAUUUCCUAUUGCCAGGCGAUAUCCAAAUUCGCGGAGAUUACUUGAGCUAAAUGCUUCUAAUAAAAAUCUAAUCCUUUCUAGAAUUGCGAGUCCGAAAUCAGAAAUUACGGCCAAUGUACAAAAUCCUGCUUUUAAAGGAUUAAAUAACAAAAUCUCUAACCAAAGAUAUUUUCUAGUACCGAUUUCUAAGAAUAUGUACGUUUUGAAAAACGUUCGAGAGAGUUCUCAAACAGAUGUAGAUGGAAUAACUAUACCUAAGCGAUAUAAAUUGUUAGAAAAAGAUAAGGACAACGCAACCUCGGCAAUCCUCAAGCCAUAUAUGCAUCACGAUGUGAAAGAUGUAGGUAGAACGUAUCUUCAAAGAGGCAAUCUCCAUUUAUUUGAUCACGACAUGAAUUAUUUAUAUUCUACUCUUAAGUCUCGUGUUUCUGAAGAAAAUGAAAAUCCUACAGAAAAUCCGGCGUCCCAGCUUGAUUUCUUAUAUCUAAAUAUUACUUUUCAAACUGAUCCCAAUUUAAUCGAUGUUACUUCUAAAAUUUCCGAAGAACAAGUUGUCUCCCCCGUUCCGGAUUACGAAAAUAUUUCCUUGGUGGAUAUUAAUUUGCGCAAUAGAAUAAAUUUUUAUGAUUUGUCGACACUUUCAUCACCUUCUUCCUUCGAUAUUUCGGAUUACGAUGUAACUUCAAAGAAAAUGGCGAAUUACGGUCAACUGAGUAUCUUAUCUGCGGCAAAAUUAAAUCCGAUUCAACAAGAUAGUGAAAAUUACGAAAACUCUUGGAAAUGCAGCGAGUUUGGUGUCGAAUUGACGACUACCGAUUUCCGAGAUACUUUUGACACGCUCGUUGAAUAUAUAUAUACAUCAACUACUUUAGAAAAUGUUGAAAUAGAUUUAAUUAACGAUAAAAAAGUAUUUGGUACGCCACAAAGUCCAGAAGACGGUCCGGAAUUUUUAACGGAAAGCAACGAAGAUAAAUAUAUAACAGGCUUUAUAGAUGACAUUUCAAUGCAAUAUAGAACUGCCUUUGACGCAUCUGCAAAUGAAGAUAAUACUUUCUUUCCGAAUAUCACUAACUACUUCGUUAAUAAUGGCAUUUUAAAUAGCCAAGAUAUAGAUGAUCAGAAAUACGGAAUCUCGAUUUCAAACGAAUAUAACAAUAAAAUGUCAACACAUUCCAACGAUUUUUAUUACAAUAAUGAAUCAAUCGAUGAGGUAUUGUUUACUAAUUAUACUACUAAAGUAGAUUCGUUUCUUAAUGAAGAAGAUUACGUGACAUCUGCGCCGUUAUGUCUAAAUACUGAUGAAUGGCCAUUGAAGAAAACGCAGUCUAACGUAGAAAAUUCGAAUGCUCUAUUAAUGGCAAUUAAACCAUUAUCCUCAGAGUUACAAAAAUUGCUAGGCGCAAUUCAGUCAGUCAAUCAAAAAAUCAGCAACGUGCAAAGUAUGUGCGAUAAAAAAAAUGUUGGAACAACGAGGACCGAGCAAGAAAAUAGAAACGCCACGAAUAUUACAAAGCUAGUUGAUAAAAUAGAUUAUUACGAUUCUGAUUUCUUUACAAAAAGUUUUAAUAAUCGAUCUUUGGACAAGAGUAUUGAAAUCGAAGGUAAAAAUGUUGCAGAACGCAAUGUAAAAAUUAGAAGAAGAAAUAUCUUUUUAAAUAAAUUGAUGACACCGUCUCAUAAGCACAAAAGUUCGAUUAGCGAUUUAGAGGUACAAAGCGGUCGCAGAAAUUUCCUCAAAAAGAGAAAAUUGAAUGAGAGAAAAUUUAUCAAAUCAGGCGACAGAUUGUCUCAUUCGAGGUUUAAUAGAAAUUUAAAGUCUCUGACAAAAAAUUACGAAACACGAAUGAAGCCAAUUCGACAGUUUAUCGGAUUGAAAAAAAUGAAGCGCACAACAACGCCAAUUUUAGGAUUGUCACAUUUGAUUAAAAGUAAUAUAUCGAGCAAAAAUUUUGCAAGCGGUAGGCAAAAUCAAGAGAAUGAUGAAACAAGCAGAUCGAUAAUUUCGCCGAAUAAUACACCCUCUUUAAAUAUGUCUAGAGCAAUGUCGAACGAAAUAUCUGAUUCUGAUAAAAAAAAAAAAAUUCAUCCUACUGAUCCACAAUUUUAUAAGGAAGCGACGGCUUAUCUUGAUAUACUUAAAUUAUUGGGCAAAACUGACAUAGAAUACGCUACUGAUAUAUGGACCACGCAGAAACUAAUGGAGUCGUUGCCACCAUUAAUUUUCACAACUACAGAAUUUUUUGUACCUACAUUAACAUUUUUGCCGUAUUUUAUCGAGACACCGACAAUUACAGCUUCCAGUACAAUCGCAGAAAAGAAAGAAAUUUUCGAGAUAACUAAAUCAUCUUUAUAUGAAUACACAACAAUUGUAUCAUUGACACAAUCGCCGGUUACGUUAAGUGCUUCUAUAAUACCAAUGUCGACUACGUUGCCACUACUUUAUAUGACAGAAUUAACAAUUCUUUCGAUGGAGGAAGCUGCAAUAUCAAUCACUGAUUUAACUAUAACACCAGUUGUUGCGAUUACUACUGAAGUAAAUGAGAUUCCCAUCACAAUUCCAAUGAUAGAAAAUUUUACAACCGAAUCUAUCAUGUUAUUAACUCUAUUUUUAGAAGGUAUGACGGAUAUUACUUUAAAGAUUACAAUUCCUGUAGCUACUAAAACUUUAAUUGAAGAGGUAUCCGCUGUAACCGUUGCUACAGAGGGAGAAAUUGUGGAAAGUAUAUCAACAAGUCUGGCAACGGAAAUAACACAAAGUUUAUUUAUUGAAACAAAUAUAUCUUUAUAUACAUUACCAUUAUUUGGGAUUACACAAACAGAAUUGAUGAUUAAAACUACAACUUCUAUCGUAUUAGUUUUAACAUCUCUAGCAAUUACAACAGCUUCUCAAAUUGCAACAUCAGAAUCUAUUGUUGGCAAGAAUAUAACUUUGCAUAAAGCUGAGAGUACUACUGCAAUCGCAAGUUCGCCUAUGAUUUUAGAACAAACGGAAACGAUUUUAAGUACGUCGACAGAAAUUGCGAUAACAACUUUAAUACCGAAGGACGAGAGUCCAGUGUCACAGAUUGAGAAAACUAUAACCGCGGAGGAAACAGCUACAGAAGUUCCAACGACUACUGAAACUCCAACGCCUACUGAAAUUAUAAUAAUUACUACUGAAACUUUAACAACAGCUACGAAGAUUCUAAUGACUAUAGAAGCUACAACAAUUACAGAAACUUCAAUUCUUACUGAAAUUUUGACAACUCUUAAAACUCCAAUUACUGAAGAAACUACAAGUACUAAAACUUCAACGCCCAGUACAACUCUAACGUCACUUAAAACUAAAACAACCGAAAUUUCGACAACUAGCAAAACUUCAACAACUACUGAGAUUUCAUUUAUAAAAACUACAAUUACCAAAAUUCUACCGAUUAAUAAAACUGUGACAACUACAGAAACACCAACAACUAUCAAAACUUCGACAGUCAGCAAAAUACUAAUGAUUAGUACAAUUCCAACGACUAUAGCUACAACAACAACAACAAAAAUUAUAACAUCUACUGAAAUUUUGACAACUUACAAAACUCCAAUUAUCAAAGAAACUACAGGUGCUAAAAUCAUAACACCUACUGAAACUCUAAUGCCUAUUGAAACUAAAACAACCAUCGAGACUUCGACAAUUACCGAAAUUACAUCUACAAAAAUUACAAAAAUUACCGAAUUUCUAACGACUAAUAAAAGUGUAAUAACUGCGGGAACAACAUCUAUCCAAACCCAAACAACUAGCGAAAUUCCAACAUCUAUUCAAACCCUAACAACUAGCGAAAUUCCAACGACUAGUACGAUUCCAACGACUAUAGCUACAACAACGGAAACUUUAACAUUUCCUGAAAUUUUAACAACUUAUAAAACUCCAAUUAUCAAAAAAACUACGGGUGCCAAAAUUUUAACGCCUAUUGAAACUUCAACGCCUAUUGAAAUUAAAACAACUAUCGAAACUUCAACAAUUAUUGAGAUUUCAACAACUAUAGAAACAGCGUUUACUCCGACAACCAGCGAAAUAUCAACGACUAGUACGAUUCCAACGACUAUAGCUACAACAACGGAAACUUUAACAUUUCCUGAAAUUUUAACAACUUAUAAAACUCCAAUUAUCAAAAAAACUACGGGUGCCAAAAUUUUAACGCCUAUUGAAACUUCAACGCCUAUUGAAAUUAAAACAACUAUCGAAACUUCAACAAUUAUUGAGAUUUCAACAACUAUAGAAACAGCGUUUACUCCGACAACCAGCGAAAUAUCAACGACUAGUACAAUUCCAACAAUUACAGAAAUUACAGCCAUUACUGAAACUUUAACACUUACUGAAAUUAUAGCAACUACUGAAAUUCCAACGAUUAGAAAAACCGUAAGUACUAAAGGUUUAACGCCAACAAUUACGGAAACUCCAUCAAGUACCGAAACUCAAAUAAUUACCGAAAUUUUAACAAUUACCAAAAGUUCAAGAUCUACAGAAAUUCCAGUAACUUCGACUACAUCUAUUACAACUGUGUUUUUCACAACGUCAGAAAGUACUACAUCAUCCGUGACAACGUCAGAAAGUACUACAUCAUCCGUGAUAACGUCAGAAAGUACUACAUUAUCCGUGACGUCCUCGAAAGAAUUUUUUCCAACAUCAACUCUGACUACUUUGACUACAAUUAUUACUACUGAAACAGCUGAGACCAUUUUCAUUUCUUUGACAACACCUACUAUAACGCUAUUACAAACGUUGAUUACAAAUACGACGCUAAGUGAAACGCCGUGUACUACGAUUUCUAGCACGUUUUUAACUACGAUAAAAGGAGCUGUUGCAACUUCUUUUAAAACUGCAGUUCCAACUACAUCUUUAAAAGUAACAACGACAACGCCACUAUCAUUGAUUACAAGCACAAUGUCAAGUGAAAUGCCGAAUACUACGCUUUCUACAUUUUUAAUAAAAGAGACUACAGCUUCUUUAAUACCUAUGACAGCACCUUCAUUUGAGACAUUACACACUAAAGCUGCAUUGCCAAUUCCUACAACAGUAUCCACAAUCGAAACGUUUCUGACUAUAUCAUCCAUCUCAACUGUGAACGCCACACACACAGUCUUCAGUACAACUGCUAGCACAAUUACAGAAGAGAUCCUCAAAAGUACAAUAUCUUCGCUUACAUAUUUGACAGUAACAACACCUUCUAUCACUCAAAUUCCAAUCAAGCCUAUUGUGAUGGAUACUGGAACAACAGCUUAUGAAACUACCUCUACCUUAGUUACUUCAUCUCUUUUAACAGAGACCAUUGAAGGUACAACGUCUUCUGUAAUAGAAUAUGAAAAAACUAAAAAAUCUGAAGAAUAUUAUGAAACCACGAGAGAAGAAAUAGCAACAGUUAGUACAGUUAAACUAACAACUACAGAACGUACAACUUGGAUUACUAUAAAAGAAGUUACUAUCAUCGAAGAAAUAACAUCAAUAAUGUUUUUUACUACAUCGUUUUUUGUCGAAACGACUUCGGAAGCAACUUCUCCCAUAAUCAAAACGAUUACUUUUCCUACGAUAACUGAAGAAACUUUAUUGAUUGAAAAAAUCGCCACUGUUACUCCUGAAACAAUAAUCGAAGAAAUGUUGUCAUUAUCAGAAGUUACAUUAAUUUCCACUGAAACAAGUAUAAUGCCAAUAAUAGAAACAAGUAUUACGAGUACCAGUUUGGUAUUCACAACAGCCGCGACGACUGCUUUACUUUUGGAAGAAACUGUCACAGAAAUUACAGAAACAAGUUUGAUAACAACUAUUACUACAGCUACAUUGUUGCCAACUACUAAAAGACUAGAAUAUGCAACAAUUUUAGAAGCUACAAUUGCCGUCACGCUUGCUCCAUUUUCCGAAUUUAUUCUAUCAAUAAUAAUUACAUCGGAAACUCCUGUGACUACAUCGGAAGUUAUUUCUACAUUGCCAAAAACUGUAUCAGAAGAGUUUACGAUGUCAACGACUGAAAGUCCAUCAAUAACAUACACUACUCAAAUUUCUAUAUUACUUAUCGAAACAACCAUUUAUCCCAUUGUUUCAAUUUCGGCAAAACCUACUGAAGAAUUGCUAGAAGCUGAGACGGAAUAUUAUGUGGCAAAAGAGCCAUUUUACGAAGAAGAAUAUGAAGAAUAUGAAGGAUACGAUACUGAAAUACCGACUGAAAGGUGGUAUUAUUAUGACGAAUACGAAACCACGACAAAAGAAACAGCUAUGAUAGAAAAAUAUACGAAAUUACUUAAAGAAAAGGCAACAAGUCCGCCUUUUGAAGGCACAACGACAUCUUUAUAUAAAAUAAAAACUUCAGAGUUUACAAAAUACCUAACAUAUUCUGAAACCGCAUCAACUUACAUUAAUGUGACUUCAACCGUGAUUACUUCAGCAAUAUCUUAUACCGAAAAAAUUACUUCAACUUCUAUCUUAGAAACGUCCACAUCGACUGUAAUUGAAAAUAUAACAACGGUUAAAAUGGAAACUGAGUUAACAGCGUCCACCGCAAGUAAAGAAGUAGAAUCAACAACAAUGUGGUUAACUUUUGGUUCUACUGAAGAAUACACUCUUCCCUCUUCAACAACUUUCAAAAUUCCGACGGAGUCACUUGAAGAUCUAACGAUUCCCCCCAAGUACACGGAUAUAGAACGGUUCACGCGAAUCUGGCUCACCUCACCAAAAUUCAUUACAAAGCCUAAAGAAAUUCCAAAGAUUGCACUGAAAAAGACAACAAUUCCAGAACAAGUUUCAGAGACUGAGACUGAGAUUGUGGAAAAGUUAACUUCUCUUUUCAUCUCAUCAGCGCUAACGACAUUACCGGAAAGAGAAGUUAUUGAAGUGUACGUAACAACCAUGAGUACUGCAUCUUCUGAAAUGGAAGGUAUUAUCAAAACCACUGAAGUUACCAUUUCAGCGAUAACAAAAGAAGAGACUAUUCCGAGUGUAACACCAUUUAUCACGUCCGAAGCUGAGUUAUUACAACGACUCGAUAAUCUCAAACAGCGUGAAAAAGAGAUGGCGGAGAGAGAAGAAAGGCUAAAGGAAAAAGAAAAACAGUGGGACACAGAAAAGAAAAAAUGCAUGAAAAUAUUGCAACGUGAAAAAGAGAGAGAGAAGAAUAUUACAGUAACAACCGAGGGCUAUGCUACAACUAUUACCAGUAUCUCGAUUACAUCUCCCAUCUAUACUAUUGGUACAAAAAAUUUAACUGUGUCGACUACAGAAAUUGAAAUUACAUCCUCUGGUUUUGAGAUAUCUACUACUACAUUAAGUUUAGUCAAUAUUACUACGGUUCCAACUAAAACGACUCUAUUCAGUAUCACAGAAAAAAUCAUAUCCGAGAUAUAUACUACAGAAAAAAUGGAAGAAGUAACUACAGCAGAAAGUACAUCUGUGACAUAUGCUCCAGAAGAAACAGUUAUACCUUACACUAUAGAGAAAAGCACAUCUAUCACAUACAUUACAAAAGAGAUAGAGGAAAUGCAAAUUACAGAUUAUGUAACUUUGACACCGUAUGUUACUACAUCUAUCAUGGAUUUGUAUAAUAUCGGUUUAGCUUCAAUUGAAACUACAAUUUCGUAUGCUACCAAAGAAAUGUAUAUUGUAAGUUAUACAUUCGAAACGACUCCAUUUAAUAUAACAGAGGAAAUUAUAUCUAUGACUUAUACUAUGGAGAAGACGAAGGAAGCGAUAGAAGAGAUUACAUUUAUGCCAUACGUUACGGAAGAAAUAGAGGAAGCGCCUUACACUACGGAGAGAAGCACAUCUAUUACAUAUCUUACAGAAGAGAUAGAGGGGAGGAUGCAAAUUAUGGAUUACAUAACUUUCACACCGUAUAUCACUACAUCUGUUGUAGAUUUAUAUAGUAUCAGCUUAGCUAUGAUUGAAACUACGACUCCUUAUACUGUUAGAGAAAUAUAUACUAUAAGUUACAUAACUCUUUACAGCGAACCUUCAUUCGUUUCAUCUACUAUUACUAGUCCAAUUACAUUAGUCAUCAGUAAGUUCACUACUUUACCUAUUACUACAUUUAGUGAAAGAUUUGAAGAAAUCAGUGUAACUUCAGUUACAACCCCUACAUGGUACACUACAGAAGAAACAUACAUAGCAACUUAUAUAGAUAUUUAUAGUAAACCUUUAUUCACUUCACCGGAAUUAGAGUUUACGAUCACUUUAUCGACUAUGGCUAUUGGCACGACUACAGAGGUAAAGUACUAUGAGGAAAUAGAAAAAUUGAAAGAAAAAUUGCGCAAGAAGGAGCGCGAAUUAGAAGAGAGAUUAGAAAAAGAUAUAAUGGAAUUUAAUAAAUAUAUGAAAGCAUUUGAAAAGAAAAAAACAUCAAUUAUACCAUCCGAGAAAUCGACUAUGCUCAGGAGUUUAUCAACGCCAGUGCCACCAAUUGAAAUAACUACUAUAAAAGCUCAAUUAACAACGCAGAUUAAAAGGACAACCGAAAAGAAAGAAAAUCAAACGACUACAAAGAUAGGAAUUAUUCGACAUACCGAAAUGAAAGGCAUCGAGGAGAAGAAACAAACAACAUAUAUUCCUGAAGAAACUGCCACAAAAGAAGAAGAAAUAAUGACAAAACGAAUUUGUCUAAACGUUUUAGAGAAUACAACGAUUCCUUUCGAUAAAAGAAGAAGAGAUAUUGUAACUAGAAAGAUCUGUCUGCCGUACUUUCCGGAAAAAAGUGAAGAAAAGGAAUCAGUUGGUCGAUUAAGCAGAAGGCUUCUCGCUUUCGCACCAAGUACGAAGAAAAUUAAAAGACCGAGAUGGAAUGUUCCAUUAAAUUUUCGGCAUCGCAGAAGAGAGAAAGAGACUAUUCGUAAGAUUGACAAACUGCAGCUGUCGGAUUAUGAAUGGCUGAGCAACAGUACCACUAAGCCAUUGCAAUAUUUUAAAGGUUUCACUAGGAUUUAUAGAAAAAUGAAGAAACUUCCAAAAAAGAUUACAAUGCAAAAAAACACGACCGACGAUUUUCAAAAUAAUACUUCUCUAUAUAAACAACAUGUUUUUAAUCCUCAUGAAAGUGUGUUCCAACCAACUGCAACGUUCAUGUUGGAUAGUAAGAAAUAUGGAAAGAGAAACGCAUUCUUCAGAUACGAUUUGAUUACUACAAAAAAAGGUGACUGUUAUAUUAACGACAAAGCAAGUGUUCGAAAGAGAGACGUUUCAUCGAUAGAGAACAAUAAACGAUUUUGGUCGAAGAAAAAUACAGCCAAUAUUUCAAAUAAAAAAACAACAAGUGCAGCUGAAGAAGAUGAAAUGUAUACGGUAAACGUACUACACCUCAAUUACGAUGAGGAUAAACAAACGCAUAAAGUUAUAUCUGCUAAACCAUAUGAAGACGAACUAACAGCAAUUUUAUUUGAAUCAAAUGAUGAUAUUUAUGUAACUGAAUCUGGAAAAGAUAAGAAAAUUACAACACCAAACUAUAAGAUUGAAGAGAAAAAUGAAGAUAAUGAAAUAUCAGACAAAAUGGAGAAAAAAAUAGAAGAAUAUAAUGACUAUAUCGAGGAUUUAAGAGAAGAUUAUAUGAAUUAUAAGGAACAGGAAACAUCAACACAAACAUAUGAUGGGAGAUUAUUAGAUAACGGAAAUAAAGAUAAAAGAAUGACAGAAAAUGAAAAAGAAUUAUUGAACCAAACGUGGCCUACUGAAAAAGAUACAAUGUAUCAUUUAGGCGGCACUAGAUCGUGGGAACUCGAUUUUGUUACGGAACCAUCAGUUGUAAUAUAUACGACAAUUGAUAAAACCAUCGAAGAAUCGAUCACCAGAACGACCUGUUUUGAUGUUGUUCUUAAAAGGAAUGACAAAAUAAAAUCCAAUAUUUCCUAUUACAAACGCCACCUUAAUAGCAAUAGGAUAACGAAACAUGUUUCUAUUGAAAAACGAGAUGCCAGUCUUAAAAACGUAACGAGAAUAAAUGCAUUGCGUUAUGAAUUAAGAACAAAGCAACCCAGGGUGAUAGCAAAAAAAUUAAAACGCAAGUCGCAAAAGCACAAACCAAAUCAUUACAAGCAGGAAAGUUUCGAAAAAAAAAAAAUAGUAAGACUUAACGAUUUCCGAUGUACCAGCGAAGAUACAAUAGUGAAAAACCGCAAGCUGUACAUUGCUAAUGCGAACAAAUUGAAGCGUCAAAUUGUUAAACACGAAGAUACAAACAAACACAAAAAGAAGCAACUAGCAAAAUCGCGAACGUCACAAAAUUUACACUCACUUCAUAAUACAGAUAAUGAUGUCGUAAAUAAAAAAAAUGCAUAUCGUAAAACGACGAUUGUCAAUCAAUAUCUUCAAGUAGGAACAAGUUUCUCAUUAGACGAAAUUAAGGCACUUAAUUGUAGCGAAUAUAAAGAAGUACAGGAUAAAAUAGUGAUCUCAAUGGGUUCCGACAUCGAGGAAGCCAGAGAAUUUCCUCAACCGCAUUACAACGCCGAAUCACUUAAGGGACAGAAAUAUAUCAAAAUGGAAGAACUGGAGGACAAUUUGAAAAGCAACUCGGAACUUGACAGCGAUAACGAUGUUAUCUCAUUACCCGGUCUUAAUCUCAAUUUACCCUGUAAUCAAGACGGCAAUGGUAUCACAUGGCUAUCAAGCAUUAACAGACCGAGUUACACAUGGAAAAGAACGGACGGCAUUGCACUCUUCGGUUUUGUGACGGAAAACGGCGAUUUGGAAUUGCGAAAUGUGAACGCGAAAGACACGGGAAAUUACACCUGUGUCAUGACGUACACGAGCCCCGAUAAUGAGGAAUCCGUGGAAACCACUUACGAAAUCCAUUUGCAAGUUAUCACGCUGCCGAGGUACAUUGUGCACGGAGAAAAUCGUUAUCAUGUACGAUCUUGUGACGAAGGGGACUUGGAUGUGCUGGUAACAUAUCUACCCCCAAAAUUGAACAAUAUUAUAUGCGAGGCAGAUGUUUGCAACGCUUACGUCUUAACGCCGUCUUGCUCCCGAAGUCAAAUUACAGUGAAUAUUCUGUUAGUGCCAUCGCAUAUCGUUAAACUAAUGACGGUCGAUCCCAAACGCUGCAAUGUCUUCUGUCUUAAAGCCAUUCAAGAUAAACUCUCGCUGAUACUGAGUAAAAAUCUGCAAAUCUUCCUCGGGAAAACUAUUAUUUUCAGAUUACCGCAUUACGAGCAGAGACUGGUGCCGAUCGUUGAAAAGUCGUCGUUCGCAAGACGGAAGAGAGGGAAAACCGAUGCAAACGUAUCCGCCGGGAGAUCCAGUAAUAUCGGUUUAUUCUCCAGCUGCCCAGCGGGAUAUGGUCUUCGUGAUACACAUUGUGUUCCUUGCAACGUGGGCACUUAUAGCGAGGACGGAAUAUCGCAUUGUAAAAGAUGCCCACCCGGUACGUAUCAACCGAAUCACGGCGCCAGAGUUUGUCGUACGUGCACUAAUCCAACGACAAAAGGUUGUUACAAUAUGCUCUGGAAUUCUUUCUCCGCUGUAAUGGUAACUUUGGCGAGUAUUGGCGCGAUACUGUUGAUAUGUUUGCUGUCACUAUGGAUAAUGUGUUGCGCUAAGAAGAAAUUCUGCGUAAAGCGAAUCGCUGGUCUUAUUACCAGGGAAAAUUCAUUUGAAAAAGAGAAACAUGUGGAGGAGCAACCGUUGAUUAAGGAUGCAAGUGAAAUCGAAGAUCAGCAAUGGAACAGCGAAUACAGACUCAAGAAAAAGAAAGGAAAGUUUUAUCUACAUGAAGAUGAAUGGGGAUCGCAUCGUAUAAAGAAUGUCCCAAUAAUUAGCCCAGACUCUUAUCGAUCUCAUGAAGAUUAUAACAAUCGUAAGCAUCUUUUGACAUAUAAACAUAUGAAAUCUUCUGAUCUACUGCUUCUUCACAUAAAUGUUACGUUUUCGUGCGUAUGUAAUAACUCUAUUUUAUGUAGAUUAUCCAAAGCGGUCAUGUCAUAAAGGACCGCGCCUGCCAGAAUGUGAUUUUGAUACAUGACAAAAGACAUACCUAUAAGAAAACUUACU